AAACAUACAUACAUAAUUAUAUUAUUUUCUAAUAAAUAAAAUAAAAAAUAUUUCAAUAUUGUUUUAAAAAUGCUGUUACAUAUACUUAUGCACAGUAAUGUAAACAGAUAAAUAAAAAAACUCAUAAAAGCUCAGUAAGCAAGCUUGACAUUUGCUUCUAAUUGAAAAUAACAAAGCUUAAGAGUUGCAGUAUCGGAAUGACAGUCAUGAAUAUUGUAACGGUUCGAAUGUUGGCAUUUAAAUAAAUUUUAACAAGUAAUUUAUACAUUAGUUUAAUAGUAUGAUUGUGUGUCGAAAAAUUAUAAAAUAAUUAAAAUAUAUGUGUCACAAUGAUAAAUUAUUAAGAGGAUCGCUAUGUCUCAAUUCUUGCAUGAUAUACAUAGUAUGUUGUGCCGAAGUUUUACAUUAAUGCAAAUAUUCAAAUAUUGUAAUUAUAAGUGAUAAUACAAUUUUUUUAACGUUAACAUAUUUUCAAGACUUCAGAGUGAAAAUCGAUUUUUCAAAUUGCCUCCAACAGAAGCUCAAUUCACAACGAAUAAAAUAUGAAAAUGCCAACACUUGACACUUUACCAGUUUAACAGUGAUAAGGAAUAGCGAAAUUCAUACAUAUUACAAAUAUACAUACAUACAGACAUAAAUAGGAAAUUAUAACACAGCAUUUCCUACAAACAUUGACUCUUGUGUUUAUAUCUGCAGUGCGCAAGCGUGCUCCCAUCCCCAUAGUUAACAAUAGCAUCAAUGGCAAUUGUACAUAGUACAUUUGUAGUAGGUGUGGUGGAUUAAAUGGUUAAAAUAAAAUAGCGACGAUGUCAGUGUCUUUUGAAGUUUGGCCUCGUGUAGACAAGCCUAAGCGGAUCCGUCAUCCUUUUCAAAACGGAUUGAGAGUGGCGAGUUUUGUACAAACAUAAAACGGUUCUUGUGCAUAAAUAACCCUACACUCAUGUGUACACACAUACAUACAUACACUAGGAUGUAGUUAUUGAAUUUUCUUCAUACAAAAUGGGCCUUUUGCAUUCAGACAUUAAAUGAAAAUACAAGUAGAUUUUGUAUGCAUUUUAAAUGCAUAAAAACUUAAAGUGAAAACACAACAACAACUACUGGAAAGCGCAAAUACCAUAAAAAUUAGUUUUGAACUCAUUUUCCGUUGACCCUAAUGAAAGUGGAUUUAGUUCGUCUCGAGCUUAAGGCAUAAUCCUAUUUCAAUAGAUUUGGCAGGAUGCAUCUGCACUUCGAACCGAGUGUGAAUACAAAAUGUGAUUGCACAAUACUGUCGCUCUCAUGGAUGGGUAAAGUUCCUGAUGAUAUUCCAGAGGAUGAAGGCUGGAAACUGAAUCGAACAAACUAUUACCAAGAAGGAUGGCUGGCUACCGGAAAUAUCCGCGGCAUUGUCGGCGUGACAUUUACAACCUCACAUUGUCGCAGAAAUUUGGAUUUUCCGACACGCACCAAUUACAAUCUGCGCGGGCAUCGAUCCGAUGUGAUUUUGGUGAAAUGGAAUGAACCAUAUCAGAAAUUGGCAUCGUGUGAUAGUUCUGGUAUCAUAUUUGUGUGGAUCAAAUAUGAAGGCCGUUGGUCCAUCGAACUUAUUAACGAUCGCAAUACGCCGGUUACGUAUUUCGCCUGGUCGCACGAUGGACGUAUGGCGCUAAUUUGCUAUCAGGACGGUUUUGUGCUUGUAGGCUCGGUAGCCGGUCAGCGUUAUUGGUCUUCAAUGUUGAAUCUGGAAUCGACCAUUACAUGCGGUGUUUGGACACCAGACGAUCAGCAAGUAUAUUUUGGCACCACACAUGGCCAGAUCAUCGUUAUGGACGUGCAUGGAGCGAUGGUGUCGCAAGUCCAGCUCUGCAAUGAUGUUGGCAUAACAGCAAUGGCGUGGUCAUGUGAGAAGUUCAAAAUGGAGGAGGGUGAAGAAUCCGAGCCAGGUGUUACCAAUGCAUCUAAACGUUCUUUUGUAUUGGCUGUUAGCUUUCAAAAUGGCUUUAUAUACUUGAUAAAGUCUUACGAUGACGUAUCGCCUGCACAUAUCAACACAGGGCUUAGCGGCAGCAUAGGCAUGGUAAUGGAAUGGAGUAAUUCACGUGAAUUGCUCGCUGUUGCUGGCACUGCGCAGACUUCGUUAAACACGUUUGACCAACAAGGGGCGCCGAUUUAUCAAAAUAUAUUGAAAUUUUACACCGAAUCUGGCAAAAUACUGUACCAAACACGCCUACCGAAUACCUCCGCAACGGUGUCGGCCCUUACAUGGGGUCACAACGACAAGCGUCUGUUCAUUGCGACUGGCACCCAAGUGCACAUUGCGUGGGUAUCCAGACGUAUAGCGUCACUCCAACUGUUAUGUCGCCUACAAAUACAGACAAGCAUUGGUUCAGAGCGCUCGUUGCCCUUGCUACCGUUGCCGUCACGAAUUAGGAGUCUGAUUGGCAAUCUUUUUGCUCAAACAAUAAGAUGCUGUGUACCUGAUCUUAAAUCCGUACGUGAGUUCGUCUCCCGGCCACCAAUGUGUUCGACACGCUUGCACUGCACCAUGAUACGACACGACGAGGAUCCGACCCAAAAUACAGGCAUUUGCUACACACUUUAUUUGGAAUAUUUGGGUGGUCUUGUGCCGCUUCUCAAGGGUAAACGCACCUCGAAAAUACGUCCAGAGUUCGUGAUAUUUGACCCGCAAGCAAAUGAUUCUCCGGUUUUCAUGCAAUACUCACCAGAAUGGAAAAGCUCUUCCGGCUCGAGCCAAUCUACAACCACGGGACAAAGCGGCAGAACGGAUUCUUCUGAUAGUGAGUUUGAAGAACGUUACCGUAGCUCUCCACGUCCAUUACGUCAUCGGAAAUUGCGUCAGAAAAAGCGAAAUCAGAGCAAUGGAGAAAAAUAUUCCGUGAACACCAACAUUGAUCCCGAUAGCUUGGAUGAACUCGCCUACGUUGAUACACUUCCUGAGGAAGAAAAACUGGUUGAGGUUACCUCAAAUAUUUGGGGUACCAAAUUUAAAAUUCAUGGACUUGCCAAAACCGUCCCAGCCAAUUUAGGCCAAAUAACGUAUAAAACGUCCCUAUUGCAUCUGCAGCCAAGGCAAAUGACACUAGUUAUAACAGAACUGCGUGACGACUUUCCUUCGGGUCCGGAUCCAACUUUUAAUCCUAACAUUUUUUCCGAAGACGAAGAUGAUGCCGCUCUACACAAUGGCAGUAAAAGCAAUGGCAAUAUGUACAAUUUACUAACAAAUGCGGAGAGCCAAAUGAGAGCUACAUCAACGGCGGCAGUCACACAUCGUCGUCUCAACGAGUUAUCCCCACCUAUUGCACCAAUGUCACCACGUCCUAAUCACCUAUUGGCGCGACACAAAAACGCACUAAAUAACAAUGGUAUACAGUGUGCGAUUGGCAGCACUGGCUUAAGUCCACUGGCCAGAGCCGAAUCUUAUGAUGAUGAUUCUUCAAAUGAAUCACAAGAGGUAAAUGGCUAUCACAAUGGCGCCAGAGUCAACCUACCGACCGCCAAUUUACUUCACACCACAAACGGAUCAAAUAAUAACAAAAUGGUGCGUCCGAAGAAUAUUACUGCCACUACACCGGGUAUACGUAGCAGUCUAGGACCUGGCUAUAGUAGCUUCAAAAAUAACUACAGUCGUUCUAGUUCGAACUCGAGCUCACAGUCACGCCACGCUAUAUCGCCACUGUACUGUGAUGGUUCGGUUCCAACGUUACAAUCACCGAAAAAUGCCGUCGCGCCAACGGAUAUAAUAUUCGAACGUCCUGCUGUUUCGGGCAAUGGUCAAACUACGGUUAUGUCCUACUCCAGCAAUACGGAUUACGCUAACAAUGUUGUGCAAGUGAAGAAUGUUUUGUUACCCGAAAUGAUUCGGUCAACAAACAGUCAUGUCAACCCAGUACCUUUAAAUCUCAAUUUGAACCUUGAACGCAUGGAUGCAAGACUAAAAACAACAGCGUGUAGCAGUAAUUUCACAGCGAAUAAUAAUCCCAUUAACAACAACAAUACAAAACGUCGAGAUAUUUCGUAUAUAGAUGAAGAAGUUCAAUCGCCCACCCAGCAAGCUUUGAUAACUUUCACUCCCGCCUCUACGCCCGUCGAAGUUCGAAUGAAGCGCACAAUAACAGUAGUGUCCAUCGCGCCUGCUCUGCCCGAUUCGAUUACCAGAAGUUGUAGUGUUGGUUAUUUGGACUCGGAUGCUAUUACACCGUCCGACGAAGCCUUAAUGGCGCUGCGAAGAGACGCACCCACUAAACGUUUGAUCUUAGUGGACAAACGUAAGACUAGAAAAAAGCGUCAAAAUAAUGAGGAUUCCCGCAAACCAAAAUUGGAAAGAUCGGGUAAAUCAAAGAGUCUGGAUUCCUGCGAAUUAGUCUUCAGUCAAACAAAACUAACCAGCAAAGAACCCGAAAAGACACCACGAAAACUUCAGGAAAUCGCUGAAGGUAAAACCAGUGGCACCGACACCACUGAACCAACAAAAUGUUUUAAAUGUCACCGAAGCGUUAGUCCCAACGAACAAUGUAAACAUUGCCAGCCAGUCCAAACUGCAGUCGACGAGCAACCAAAGAAGGAAGAGAAAAUACGUAUAGUGUCCACCCCACAGAAGAAAGACUUCACAGCCAACACGCAUAUUUAUGAAAGUUUAUACAAGAGCCAGGAACAGCAAAAACAAAUCCAACGUAAAACGGGCGGAACACCGAGAAAGAAAAAGUUGGAUGUAAUCACUAGCUUCACCGACAGUCCACUUUUCACGCGAAAGCAUCGUUUUGGCAUCAGAAGUCGCAGCAAAGAAACUGGUAGUAGCAGUGAAACGAACACCGAAAGCACGACACCGUUGCUGGGUCGUAAAAAUGAUAAUGGAUUUAACUUCGUUAAACAAUUAACCGAGGUACGCUGGCGACGUAGAGAGGCCCAGAAUAAUGUGGCAACUGUAAAAAAUCAACGCGAUUACUUGGGACACACUCAAUGUGCCAGCACGAAUGGGAAUGCUGUUGAGGCCACGCCGGUGGAAGCUAAAGCCUCUGUCUCCUUGCAAGCGCAGGCACUUACAACACUAGAGAACAUAAUCAGCCGUUUACGAGACCUCGACGAGGGCCGCCUCACACCGCCCGCCACACCAAAACGCCUACCCCGAAGCUCACCAGCAUCGCCAGCCGUCAGUAAAAAGAACAAACGUCAGAGUAGUUCGCCCAUUCGGCACUUUUUGAAUUCACCUCUGCUAAAUAGGCGCUAUCGCAAAAAACAAUGCCUCAUAGAAAGUUCAGAUGACGAAGGCAACGGUACAAAUGGGUCAGGCGAAGAAAACGGUGGUGCCAGUUACAAUAAGCAAUAUCGUGAUUUGGAAACAUUCCAAAAGGCACAGUUACUACAAAAGCUAAAACGUGGCAAAAUAGAGCCGAAUGGUUCUUCGAGCUACUCAAGUCCAGCUCCAGUUCGACGAGAAUUCGUGAUGCACAACAAGGCGCCAAUGUGGAAUGAGCUAAGUCAGGUGUAUCAGCUGGAUUUUGGGGGACGUGUCACACAAGAGUCAGCCAAAAAUUUCCAAAUUGAAUUCCGUGGCAAACAGGUAAUGCAAUUCGGACGCAUCGAUGGAAACGCAUACACAUUGGAUUUUCAAUAUCCAUUUUCGGCAUUACAAGCGUUUGCUGUUGCGCUCGCCAAUGUCACGCAACGGUUGAAAUAAAUACAUAAAAUACAUACACAUAUACAUAUGUAUGUUCGUAUGUAUUUAUAUAUAAAUUAAUUGAAGAAAAGCACUGGUCGUCUGACUUUAUUGAUAAACGAGAGUGAUUCAGUGAUUCUAAGUAUUAAGCGUAAAAUACUCGUACUAAAGGGGCCUAAAGUUUUAUUAUACAUACAUACAAACAUCUCUAUACAAAUAUUUGUUUGCGACAUAAAUAGUACAUAUGUACAUUUAGGUGAAUGUAGCUUAUACAUACAUACAUACAUUUAUUAGAUAUUGUAACAGUCAAUUUACACGGAUCGUUUCUGCUAAUCGCUUCAAUUCUUUUUAUAUAUAAUUAGCUAAUCGAAGGUUGGCAUUCCAGCUGAAAUGUGUGUACGCGUAUGAUUAGAUAUACAUACAUCUCGAGAGAGUUAUAUCGAUUGAGUUCUUUGAAUGAGCCAUAAAAAUGUCAAAAUAUAAAAAAAAGCUAUUUUAGUGUUGCAAAAGUAGUCGUCCCUCGGCAAAUUACGACUAAUUCCGACUGAGUUUAGGAUAAGUUACUCGGAAGCAGCUUGAGAUCAUCCUUUUGUAUCAUCAUAUUGAUGCACACCACACUCGAACAAGUAGAAAAACUUAAGUCACAACUUAAGUCAUUAAAACAUCUUCCUCUCAUUUUGCUCGCAUUAGUUUUGCAAAAUGCAUUCAAAUUAAAUUAUAUAUUUAUUUCAAUAAAUCUUUUCCAAUAAUAACCAUAAAUUAAUGUCAUUAAUUAUUUUCAAAUACCCACAAAACCUUGGCGAAGUUUCAACUUUUUUUAAUUUUUUAAAUCCACUUACCAAACCUAACGAGCUAUAAUCUCCUCGAAACCCUCCUAUUAAGAUUAAUUAAUUUAACUUAAUUUUUGUUUAAUUAGUUAUACUUAGAAAAAAAUAAUAUUAAUUUAACUAAGACAAUAUAGACAUUUUAAUUCAUGGCACCAAUUUAUAGUGCCUAACAAAGUCUAAAAAUUUGAGUGAGCGAUCCGUUUUAUUUUUUGUUUUUUUUUUUGCGUAGUUAAUAUACAUAGAUACAUUUAUUAACUUAUUUUUACAGAAAAAACAACAUAAGUAGCUAGAAUAGAAACAUAUACGAGUAGUUUACCGUUAAUUUAUAGAUUUGCGCACAAAUAGUAUAUAACUCACAUAAGUACAUUUAAGUUUUAAUUAAUAUGAAUUGUAGUUGCAACGUUUUACGCUUAAUAAACGGUAUUUAACGGUAAAUAAUUAUUUUUUUUUAAUAUGUUAUGAGAACAUAAAUUACGAUUAUUAUUUUUUUUUUAUAUAAUGAAAAUAUAAAUUGGACGCUGCUUCGGCAAAAUAAUAUUUUCUAAUAUUAUAUGAGAAUCUCAAAUUUUGUCCGUCAACCGCAUUGAGUUUCCUAAGUGAAGUAGACAUUUUAAAAAUGAAAUCACGUAUUGCAAAAAAAUUACACCUGUUGAUAUCUACCGAAAGCAAUUUGCAUAAUUUAUCUGUCUUGCUAAACAAUUUUUAGUAACUACUCUGAUAAUUAUUACAUUUUAUAAAUAAUUUUAUUUCAAGGAUUUACACUUACUGCGUCCUUCGAUACAUGUACAUUCUGAAUAAUGUUGUAUUUACACACAUAUUUUAUAAUGAUAGUUUUAACAACUCUUAUUCCGAUCCAUUUUAUUUAAAAAUAAUAAUUAAUAUAAUACAAACAUUUGAAAAUAUUAAACGUAAUUAAUUACCACAAAAAAUAGAAUAAUUCUUAUACGAAUUAUAAAUGAACUUAAUGUCUGCAAUACUCGUACAUAUUUUACAUUCAGGUACAGAUUUAAAAGUGUCAUGUUCUGCACUUUCAUAGCUAUAAAUACGCAGCCCAUGUAUAUACUAUGUGCUAUAUAUUCGAAACUAAAGUAUUAAUUUGAAAAUGGUUUUACUUUAAUUGAGUGGCAUGCAAAUUCAUGUUUGCAGGUGUGUAACGACUCUUAUAAAAUGGUAUUUAAGUGGCAGCAAUGGAGUGAAAUGUAAUGAAACAAACAAAUAUAUGUACAUCCUUUCGAAAAAUGGGUGAAAUAUUUUUUAUAAUACAAUGUUUGUAUAAAUUUUAACACGCUUUUAAAUAAAAUACAUUUUUGCUUCGUAAUCGGAUAUGUAGUUAGUCGCAAUUUCUAAAUUUGCUAUUAAAUUCUAAAUCGCGCUAGUUAAUAAGUAAUAUUGCAAAUGAUUUCUAAAAUGUUUUUAAUUAACUAGUCAGGUACUAUUUAAUUAAAUACUAUGUACAAUAUAUUAUUACCGAUACAAAAGUAUGAAAAUAGAACGCAUACACUCACAAGAGUCUUAAAUAUAUUUAUACAUAUGUCAGGAAAUAUGUACAAUACUUUCACCUUGCAUUGCUAAUACAAAAAUUAAAAAAUAAACAUUAUUGCAUACAUACAUAUGUACAUUCGUAAAUAGAUACAAAGAAUGCAGCACAAUUAGAGUACAUGAAAAGUAUUCGUGAUUUAUUCAAUAAAUGUAUUUUACCAAUAUGAAUUUCAAAACAA